CAGCGCCAUUCACUUCAAAAGUUGUUUUUUCUCGUCCCUCAACAUUUUCUUCAAUUUACACAAAUCACAUCCCUUUCCCUCAACCAUGCCUUCAUUAGGGAAUAGGGCAAGAACACCCAAAUUUUAACAGAAUUUCCACCAGAGGCGCUUUUGAGCACACUAGUGACAUCUUUUGAUACUAGUGUGUAACUAAUUUGAAGUUACAACCAAUAUCAAUAGAUGGCGCCACGAGCUUAAUAAUUAUUGUGCCGUUUGUCAAAAUAUAAAAUCCCACGCGCUUCAACUUUUUCAGAAAAAAAUUGACUGAAAAAAUUAAGUAGUUCUCAAUAUCUGAUUCAACAUAUUGCAUCCGUAAAGUCAGCACAUCGCGUUGUCUCUGUUGCGCAAUGUCAGCACGUUAAAAACAGAACAGAAACGUAGCUGCGGUCAAAGCGACGCAAAGAGGUGCCUUCGCGCACAUACUACUGCUAAACUAAGAACGCUAUCGCAAUACAAUGCAUGUGUUUGUUUUGCAGAUUUGUUUUUGUAAACAAGCAAAUUCGCUGCCGUUCGGUGCAAGUUCGGUGUGCUCGGUGCUCAAACUGUUUAUUUGUGUUCAAUUUCGCCGGAAAAUAGAAAAUUUUAAGAAAUGCCGACGGUUUGUUGUGUUCACGGCUGUGGAGGACGUUCCACAAAAGAAAAUCCCGUUACGUUUCAUAUUUUUCCUAAAAACCCAAAGCAAAUUUUCAAGUGGAUAUGCCGGCUGAAGAUUGGUUAUAAACUGAAGUGGUCGUCCGCUCGAGUAUGUGAGAAACAUUUCUCCAUCUCACAGUAUGAUGACAUUGAUACCCUUCGCUUGAAACGGAAUGCAGUUCCUGAUUCGUGCUUGCCGCGACGGCCGGCAAAAUCCUUCAACAGCCCACCACGUACAGCAAAACGAGUACGUAGGCCUCCACUGAAUGAUUAUUAUUACUAUGAAUUCAGUAGUGAGGGCAGACAAAGUUCUCCAGAACAGAUUUCAGUAGACGCUGUGCCGACCCCUACCAUGGUUCGAAGCAAGCCGGAGCAACGGCGGGAACCGUUGACCGUUGAUCAAAGGCUGAUUAGUGAUAUAAGAAAAUACCCACCUAAGUCAUCUCCCUACUCAGGCAUGGUGGCGGAAGUGGUGGACGAUUCCCAAUCACACCAUGUUAUUUACGCAUCAUACUUCGACAACGUUGGAAGAGAAGAGGAGAUACAAAUUCAGGCUCCAACUCUUUUCAAUUUGUAUGUCAAACUGAAAUUUGAUUACAAUGGGUAGAGUGAGAGUAAUAGGGUCUGGGACCAUUUGGGCAGGAGGACCUAUUUUGGGCACUUGCUGCUAUACCUCAGUCAAUUUUAAACAGAUUGAACUGACUUUUUGAACAUGACUAGCUACUGUACGUGCCUGACCGUGUUCCAAAAACCAUGUCGAUCGGUUUAAAAUUGACUGAGUUAUAGCAGCAAGUGCCCAAAAUAGAUCCCCCUGCCCAAAUGGUCCCAGACCCUAUGUAAUUAAUUAUUAUUACAAACGUGUUGUAAGCAAGAUAAUCUAAAUGAAUAUGUACGCAUUUUGCUCAUAGAUAAACAUAUGAAAGACGAAAUAUUUUUUGGAAACCGAUUACAUUAGUGACCCGAUUUUUUCAGCCCAUUUUAGAAACACACUUUUGGCUCUUCUCAAAAUUUUAAUUUAGGCUUUCUACACCUCUAUGUUCUGCCUUUCGGUAAUAGUUUGAUAAUGAACAAGGAUGACUGCAAGGAGAAUACAUUUUACUAAG